UCGAUAUGUUUAUACCUGCGCGCUCGGGAAAACGAGUCGAGUCAAAAGCAUUUUUACAAAAAUAGCGUGCUUUAGUGUAAAGCUAGUGUAGAUAUUCAAUAUAGCGUUUAUUUGGCGACAUGUUAAGGACCGCAUUAGCUGGAGUGUUUGUUUACAAAGCAAAAACGUGCAUGUUGGUUAAGCUUACCUACACGGACCAGGAAUGUAAAUAUGUUAAGCGUGUGGAGAAAAUGUAUUGACAACAGAUGUAAAAUGUAGCUAAAAGUAUUGAACUGUAUUGACUAUUGGAUAAUGCACUUGAACUGUGAUGUUUAAGUAUCACGGAUAGUGUUUACCUGCAUGGGAUAAAUAUGUAAGCUCGUAUCAUUUCGUAUGCUUAAUGUACCAAAAAUUGUGAAAAUGAAAAUAUAAUGCAAUUAAGUAAACAUUGCUUAGAAUAAGUAUGUGCAUUGAGAAAUAUACAUUUAUUUUAAAAACCUAUUUGAUACGACCAAUGUGAUUUCUAUUGAGCGAUUUAAAAUGAACAUCAAGCCGCUUAAGAUACGAACGUGACUGUGGAUUAUAUUUUCAAUCGUUCUGCGAAAAGAUAAUUCAUUAACUUUUUGGUAUCAAAACUAGACCUAUAUCUCAAUAUCAAAAGGCUUGAACCACUUAAGCGAUUUUAUACUAAUGUGCUACUUCCUUUAAAAUUGAGAAGCGGGUAAGUACUUUUAACAAGGAUAAAAAACGCAGAAAUAAAGAAAUAACUGCCAAACUGUCCAAAGUAUAUGUCUAGGAAACGUUUAAGGUAAUUAAAACAUCAGUAUCGCUGGCAGUCGAAUAACUAUACUGACAAUUUACUGGACCUCACAUGAGCAAAGACUCAUAACUUACAUAAUACAUACAUCGCUAAACGGUCAACCCGCGUAUACGUACAGCCAUGGCCAUAGCGAUAAGCCAAGGCAAGAAAACCGUUCUCUGGGCGAGUGGCCUGAUUCUGAGCGCCCUGGCGUUCGUCUUCCUGUUGGCGGGGUGCGUGACGGCCGGCUGGCAGAUUGUGGAGAGGAGGGGCUUGGUGGAUAGGUUCGCAUCCGCCCAGUAUGAGCUGGUGACCAAGACCGGCCUCUGGUACGUCAUACGCUGUCUCAACGGGAAGUGUAGAAACGUGCAGUUCGGGGACCGGGAUCUCGAUGUCAAGAUUGAAAGGCCACCCAACGAGACAUCUAACCAGUCGAUGGCCGUUGUUGCCAUAGUGUUCUGUUUCGUUGCCAUCGUUGUCAUAGCAACGAGUCGCUGUCUGCGGGGGUUCGUGGUAGCCCAUGUGGUCGCAAGGCUGUUCGCUGUCCUGCUGUGCAUUUUAUCUUUUAUUCUUGCCGUCGUUCCAUGUGCAAGAAAUGGGACGGAGCUGCGGGAUCUCCAGGCAGACUUGGACAAUGAAGAGGCAAUGUCUCCCAAUCCUUUCAGAACGUCAAAAAUCCUAUUCCCGUUUUCUGUUCUGCUAUUCUGCAUUGGAGCCGUCCUAGCUUUCCUGGCGGCCGUCCCUAUUGCCAUUGACCUUUUCUUCCUCGCGAAGGACCCGGAGUCACAGUUCGACAGCAUAUCUGAAAGCGGUAGCAUGAUGAACUACUCCUGCUCCAGUUACCCUGAAGACGAUCCUAAAAAGUCUAACGGAAACCUUGGAGGGACCCGCUUAAAUCCUAAACGGAAACAAAAAGGACCACGCGGAUCCAGAGAUUCGUUGAAUAACAGUGUGUCGACUAUAGAUAACCCGAUGUAUGCUCACGCACCUAUGAAAACAAACCGGUCCUUUAGAACGCCGUCCCCGAGCAGACAUGGAAGUAACAGAAGAUUAGAUUCUGGCAAUAUUCUUCAGGUUUUUGCCUUGGAAAACGCUUUAAACGAGAUUGAACAGUCCAACUCGCAAAGGUCUUCCAGAAACAGGCUGGAUAUAGAAAGCGAUUAUGAAUCAAACACAACGGGCAGCGUAGAAAAUCGUAGAAAAGAACGAUUCCAAAAAAACGAUGAGGAGACCGAUAAAGAAUCGGACUUUUCUGAACGAGAAAUAGAAGCAAGACACGGCCAUGAUCGUUUUGUAAAGCAUAAAUUCUCUCGCCCAAUAACAAGAGACGAACAAGAUGUCGGUUUGACUGCAUUGACGCAAAAUCGACCGAAAGUUAAUAAUAAAAUGAAAGAAAGGGCAUUGCAAAAUGAAAUCCCCUCCAUUGAUGGUUUAGUAAAGCAUACUCUCCCGAGAAGCAAUGAAGAGCAAGAUGUUGAUUCGGGAUCAGUUUCAAAAAAUCGGCCAAAAGAAAUCACACAAAAAGAUUUGGAAAAUGAAAUCCCCUCUAUUGGUGGUUUAGUAAAGCAUACGUAUUCUCGACCGAGAAACACUGACGAACAAGAUGUCGAUUUGAGGGCAGAAAGGAAGGAUCGAACGCAAGUAAACAAUGAAAUCAAACAAAGAGAUUUGGAAAAUGAAAUCCCCUCAAUUGAUGAUACAAAUGAACUAGACCGCACUGUAUCAGAUACAUCAUCUGACAGAAGCAUUGAUUAUUCAUCGGAAGACUUUGAAAACAAGGACGUCGAUACCGAAAUCGUUGAAAUGAAAGGUUCAGCAGAAUCUGGCAGGAAACAGCGCGUGCGUGGUAAACGGUCGUAUGACAUGAAGCAAUAUAGUGGGGCAUUUAAGCCCAGCAACGAACUCAGCAAUAAGAAAUCAAAACAAAAUGUGACUCGCGAUUUAGAAGAUUACAAAGAUGAAUAUAGGGAAAAUUCAAAUGAAAGACGGAAAAGAAAUGAAAACGACAGCGUUUCAAAUCCAGAACGGCAACAAAUGUCAAACGAAAAAGAACAGCGUCCAUAUAGUGGCCGAAAAUCUCGGUCCCCGAGAAGGAGCGAGGAACCAAUUACAAGAAUUCAGACGGAUAGCGGGGAGGUGAACAAAGCGUUUGAAAAAAGAGAAACAACUUUCUAAAGUAUACAUAGUGUGGUCAUGGAUGGUAAUUGAUACCCAAAUUGAUUUCUGGGAAAAGGCGAACCAUAGUGAAAGUCUAACCUUCAUAUUGAACGUGUAUAGUUUGUCAAAAGGAAUCGACACACAGCCUAUGCAGUAGCACAGUCUUGUCUAAUUAAGAGUUCACAAAUGCGUUUGUUAUUUAUUCGUAGUGUUAAAACGUGCCAUUUAAACAUAUAGCUAUUGUGUAACCAUGUACAUAGGAAAUGUAUAUAAAUGAUUUGGGUGAAGCACAUACAACUUUCUCAGGGGCCUUUUCAUAUGCCUUAAAACAAAAACAUAUUCAUAUGAAUAUAAUGUUUUGGAUUAUGGGCAAGCAAACAAUGUUCGCAUACAUCUGUCUAGUAAAAGCGUCUUAUGCACAAAUGGUUAAAAAUACGAGAUAUGCGUGAUACUCAAUAAGAAUACUAUUGUUAUUGUUUUGUAUCAUUUUAUGAUAUACCGGUACUCGCUUAUCCUACGGUCUCGUUUGUCGGGUAAAUGCAGCAGAUCUCAUUACAAUGUCUUUUUUUACCUCAAACACAAUUUAUAGUUUUGUAUUGGUUAUGCCUGUUGUAUCUGAUUAUAAAAAUAAUUUUGGUAAGCAUCAAACCAUAAUUUGUGCUAUAACAGUAAUCAGUUUCCGAUUUUUAUUUGCCUUCAAUGUGACAGUUAAUUAUAGUCUAAACGAAAACUGUGUACAUGUAUAACCAUUUAACAUGCAGUUUUAACAAUAGUCAAACAAGCUACGUUAUGAAUAAAAUGCUAUGUAAUUUAUAAUUAAUAUAAUAAUUUAUUAAAAGCAUGCUGAGCGCUAAAUAAAUAUAUUUUCUUACAAUUUA